AUGAUGUUCCAAAGGCCAAUACGAACCGUCAAUUCGUUGUUGAAACCUCCGGUUCAAGUUCCAGCGGAUUCCAGUGGAAAACCUGAAAAGCAAAAUGCGGCUUUCAACAAGAAGCAUGGAGCGGUUAAACGGCAGUUUGAACCAGGUGAAACGGUUUUCGCACAAGUUCAUCAAAACAAUUCAUGGAACUGGGAAAAAGCAACAAUCAUCGAACGGAUUGGUCAAGUCAACUACAACAUGUAUUUGGAAAAACGUCAACGUCUCAUCCGUUCACAUGCAAAUCAAUUGAAGACACGUGUAUCUGAGAGCUCAACAGCCCAAGGACCAACACCUCUUUCUGUGUUUUUCGAUGGAUUCGGACUCUCCAACAAUGAACCUCUAAGGCAGGAUGUAAAUGCUGAAGAAAUCGACCCACAUGUCUCCAUUCCGAACGGUAACCCUCAGGAAUCUGACGAAUUAUUUUAUUCGGAGGAGUCUGAAGAUGAAGCUCCAGCACCACCAGUUUUGGCUUCCAUACCUGAGAUAGAUCGACGACUGAUUCGGCUACCAUCAAGAUUCCAAUCCUAUUGGAUGGCUUAA